UGAACUAGAUCUUCCUCUCUGAUUCAAACAAUUAUUCGUGAUGACCAUUCUUCCUUCACAAAUGUCACUUCUUUUGCUUCUACUUUUAUCAAUAACCAUAUUCCACAAAACCAUGUGCAACAAUCCCACAGUUGUUCGAUGCAAUGAGAAUGAUCGAGAGACACUGUUAACCUUCAACCAGGGUAUCACUGAUAGUCUUGGUUGGAUAUCAACGUGGUCAACCGAAAAAGAUUGUUGUGGUUGGGAAGGAGUCCACUGCGACAACAUUACCGGAAGAGUUACAAAAAUUGAUCUCAAACCUAAUUUUGAAGAUGAGAUAAUCGAUUAUUUGUUGAAAGGGGAGAUGAAUCUUUGUAUUCUAGAACUUGAGUUUCUCAGUUACUUGGAUUUGAGCCACAAUUAUUUUGGUGAGAUAAGAAUUCCAACUAUUAAACACAAUAUCACACAUUCAUCUAAACUUGUUUACCUUGACUUAUCCUACAGCUUAGACACUAUCAAUAAUCUUCAUUGGCUUUAUCCACUUUCUUCGUUGAAAUAUCUCACCCUUAGUUGGAUUGAUCUUCAUAAGGAAACCAAUUGGCCUCAAAUAGUGAAUACACUUCCUUCACUAUUAGAAUUACAGAUGAGUCAUUGUAACCUAAAUAACUUCCCAUCUGUUGAGCAUUUGAAUUUGUCUUCAAUUGUAACUCUUGAUCUUUCUUACAACAACUUCACCUCUCAUAUACCUGAUGGGUUUUUUAAUCUCACCAAAGAUCUCACCUCUCUUGACCUUUCAUAUAGCAAUAUACAUGGUGAGAUACCUUCAAGCUUGCUAAACCUUCAAAAUUUGAGACACCUUGAUCUAUCAAAUAACCAACUACAAGGGUCAGUUCCAGAUGGAAUAGGCAAAUUAGCACAUAUUCAACACCUCGAUCUCUCUGAAAACCAACUACAAGGAUUCAUUCUUUCAACUCUAGGAAAUCUCCCAUCCUUAAAUUACUUAUCUAUUGGUUCGAAUAAUUUCUCUGGUAAUAUUUUAAAUUUAUAUUUUUCCAAACUCUCUAGUUUAAAUCAUCUAGACUUGAGUAAUUCAAGUUUUGUUUUCCAAUUUGAUUUGGAUUGGGUUCCCCCUUUUCAACUCUCUUACCUUUCAUUAAGAAAUACAAAUCAUGGCCCAAACUUUCCAUCUUGGAUAUAUACACAAAAGUUACUGCAUGUUCUCGACUUAUCGAGCUCGGGAAUUUCAUUCGUAGAUAGAAAUAAGUUCUCGAGCCUUAUAGAAGGAAUAUAUGAUGAACUUUAUUUGUCAAACAAUUUGAUUGCAGAAGACAUAUCUAACCUAACACUGAAUUGUUCCGCAUUAUUUUUGGAUCACAAUAGUUUCACAGGUGGACUUCCAAACAUAUCACCAAUUGUCGAGUUUGUUGAUUUGUCUUACAACUCCUUCUCAGGAUCAAUUCCACAUAGUUGGAAGAACUUGAAAGAACUGACAGUCUUGAACCUGUGGAGUAAUAGGCUAUCUGGUGAAGUUCCUUUGUACUGCUCUGGUUGGAAGCAAUUAAGAGUCAUGAAUUUGGGAGAAAAUGAAUUUUAUGGAACCAUACCAAUCAUGAUGUCACAGAACUUAGAAGUGGUCAUAUUGAGAGAUAACCGAUUUGAAGGGACUAUUCCACCACAGCUAUUUAAUCUCUCUGAUUUGUUUCACUUAGACCUUGCACAUAACAAACUUUCAGGAUCUUUGCCACACAGCGUCUACAACUUGACUCAUAUGGUUACUUUUCAUUUAAGUUUAUGGUAUUCUACCACAAUUGAUUUAUUUAUCAAAGGUCAAGAUUAUGUGUAUCAUGUUAGUCCGGAUAGGCGAACUAUUGACCUUUCAUCCAAUAGCUUGUCUGGAGAAGUGACAUUGCAAUUAUUUCGACUUGUUCAAAUACAAACAUUAAACUUAUCUCACAAUAAUUUGACUGGAACAAUUCCUAAGCUGAUUGGUGACAUGAAAAAUAUGGAAUCUCUAGACCUCUCAAAUAAUAAGUUCUACGGUGAAAUUCCUCAGAGCAUGUCUUUCUUAACCUUUUUGGAUUAUUUAAAUUUAUCUUACAACAGUUUUGACGGAAAAAUCCCAAUAGGAACUCAACUUCAAAGUUUUAACGCAUCAAGUUACAACGGGAAUCCUAAACUAUGCGGAGCUCCUCUUAAUAAUUGUACCAUCAAAGAAGAAAAUCCUACAACUGCAACGCCAUCAACAAAGAAUGAAGAUUAUGAUUCUAUGAAAGAUUCAUUGUAUCUAGGAAUGGGAGUGGGAUUUGCAGUAGGUUUCUGGGGGAUUUGUGGUUCUAUUUUUCUUAUUAGAAAAUGCAGGCAUGCAUACUUCCGGUUUAUUGAUAGAGUGGCCGGCAAUCUCUAUGUUACUUUGGUCGUAAAGUUAAAUAGCUUUCGCAGAAACUGAGCUGCAGUUAGUUAAGGUGAUUAAUGAUUAUGGCUGUGACAGAAGAUCGUGUAUAUAAUUUUCCAAACAAAGUCAUCAAAUGGGGCUUGUCCUCACAUCAUGUAUC